CAACUAAUGGGAAAUGUCAUGUACGCCUGUAAAAUUUCAAGUGGUCUUCAAUCCGUUCGUCGGUGGGACCUUCGCGCUUGUUUGGAUGGACUGGUCCAUCCCAUGUGGACGAUGUUGGCAUACAUUAGGAUUGCCAAGGCUCAAAAUUGUCCUAUCGGUACAAUGAUUAAUACAGGACCCACGAGGGCGACACUGUUUAUUCGCAAUGAUAUCCAGUGCUAGCGCGAGAUGGACGACAAACGUCCUUCAGGCUAUCCAAGAAGCACUUUGCUCACGUAGUUGGAAUAUUCCUACAAA